AUGGAAAUGCUUCUAGGCGUAAAUGGUACCACUGCAGCAGAGUAUAUCGGUCUUUUCAAUCUUACCAACGAAGGCAACCCUCAGAAUCAUGUUUUUGGAGUUGAGUUUGAUAUAGUACAAAAUGAAGAAGAGUUCAAUGAUAUUAGUGAUAAUCAUGUCGGUGUUGACAUAAACUCGCUUCGCUCUUUGACUUCGCACGAAGCUGGUUAUUGGGGAGGAAAAGGUGACAAAAAGUUUAAGGUGUUGGAGCUAAAAAAUGGAGAGAACUAUCAGGUAUGGAUUGAAUUUAUGCACUCUCAACUUAACGUUACUAUAACUCGGGCAGGAAGAAAGAAGCCCAGAGUGCCUCUUAUCAGUAGUAAUGUAAGCCUUUCAGGGGUUCUAAUGGAUGAAACGUAUGUUGGAUUCACUGCAGCAACAGGGAAGAUAGUAGACAGUACUAGGAUUCUUGCUUGGAGUUUUAGUAAUUCAAAUUUUUCAAUAGGUGAUGCUUUGGUGACAGAAAAUUUGCCUUCAUUUGUACAUCAUAAAAGGUGGUUUUCUGAAGGGCGAGUUUUGGCUGCAGGUGUGAGCAUUAUUUUGUGUGUGUUAAUCAUUGGCUCUGGUUUUGUAGUUUUUUUCAUUCUGCGCAGCCGCAAGACACUAGAAGAAGUUGAGGACUGGGAACUGGAGUAUUGGCCUCAUAGGAUUGGUUUCCAUGAUAUUUAUGCAGCAACAGGAGGGUUUUCUGAAGAGAAUGUGGUUGCUGUUGGAGGGAACGGGAAGGUGUAUAAAGGGGUUUUGCAUGGAGCAGAAGUUGCAGUGAAGAGAAUCCCUCAAGAAAGGGAAGAAGGGAUGAGAGAGUUUUUGGCCGAGGUUUCAAUUCUAGGCAGAAUGAAGCACAAAAAUUUAGUAGGAUUGAGAGGUUGGUGCAAAAAAGAAAGGGGAAAUUUGAUUCUAGUUUAUGACUUCAUGAGCAUGGGAAGUUUAGACAAAAGGAUAUUUGAGUGUGAAGAGAGAAUGGUGAUGGCAUGGGAAGAGAGGAUUAAAGUUUUGAAAAAUGUAGCCACAGGGAUUCUGUACCUGCAUGAAGGUUGGGAAGUUAAGGUCUUGCAUGGGGACAUCAAAGCGUGCAAUGUUCUUAUUGACAAAGACAUGAAUGCAAGGCUGGGAGAUUUUGGAUUGGCUCGUAUGCAUGAUCAUCAUGGACAAGUUGCCAGCACAACAAGAGUAAUUGGGACAAUAGGAUACAUUGCUCCUGAAGUGAUUCGAACAGGAGCAGUGUCAACUAUGUCUGAUGUGUUUGGUUUUGGAAUAUUGGUGAUGGAAGUAAUUUGCGGGCGAAGAUCAAUUGAAGAACAUAAACCAGGUCUUACUGAUUGGAUAAUGUCUCUAAUGAUGCAAGGCCAAUUGCAAAGUGCUGUUGAUGAAAGGUUGAAGGCUAAAUGGGGAUACAGCACACAGGAAGCUGAAAGAUUGCUUCAUUUGGGUUUGUUGUGUUCAAAUUCAGACCCUAGCAUUCGACCAACGAUGAGGCAGGUGGUGAAAAUGUUGGACGGGGAAAUGGACAACACUGAGGAAGAAAACAUGGAGAUGAGUUUGCUUGGAAAAGUAAAAUCAGCUGUAAUGUGGUCUAAAUGUGAUUUUCCAUGCAGUGGUUACCCAACAUUUGAUGAAAUUAAGAUGUUCAGUCUCAAUUCUUGGACCUCUGGAAGUGGCACAAGCACUUUUCCAGGAUCAGAAUCAGAAAUCACCAUAGUAAACAGAUAA